CUUCAUCCCUAUUCUAGUAUUUUGUUAUUUAUUUAUUCUCGCCAAAAGGAACGAGAAAAAAAGGAAAAACGGAAACUGUGUCAUUGCAUUGCCGUUUGUGUUGUUUACGUUGUUGUUGUCGUUGUGGUUAGCAAUGAAGUGCCGCGCAAUAAUGAUAAGCAUUAGCAGCUAAAGCGCUGCUCGUUUGGUUGGUGACUAUGCGACGACGAGCCAAACGGCUAAAAAACGCUCAAGCAACAACACUCCAUUAACAAGCUGUGCCACACACACAUACACACACACACAUACACUCUCGCACGCACGCACACCGGACACGACACCCGCACACACAUACACACACACACACUCACACGCAGGCAAGCUAUUGUGAGUUGGAGAGUAGGAAAGAUUUGCAGCAAUGUUGCUGGUGCGCCAGCUGUUUGGCUCCUCAUCCAAUUCCUGGGUACGUGCUCUCAUCAUCUUUGUGCUUGCGUGGGCGGUGCUCGUCUACGUCUUCGUGCUCAAGUUGACCAACACACAGCAGCAGGCUGCUGGUCAAGGGCAAGGUGGACAGGGAGGCCAGAGUUAUGGAUCCGCUUCGCUGGGAUCGAAUGGUGACAAUGAGCUGAACACGCGACGCAUCAAUCAGGCGAUGCAGCUGCUUGAGCACACGAAGCAGCGCAACGAGGAGCUCAAGCUGCUCAUCGAUGAGCUGAUGAGUGAGCAGCUCGACAAGCAGAGUGCUUUGAAGCUUAUCCAAAGACUAGAGCAGGAUGCUGCACCCAAAAACGGAGCAGGAGGUGGCAACGAUGCUGGACUUCUUGUGGAUGAUACGCUCUUUGAGGUCGUGCCCGCCGACUCGGACAUGGAGCGUGGCCUUGAGGCAGCGGGCGGAGCUGCAAUCGACUCAGGACCAGCUGGGCAACCUCCACUUGGCGGCGUGGCGGGCGUCGAGCCGAGUCUCGAGUAUGAAUUGGCACGACGUCGGGUGCAAACAAAUGUCGCAGAGAUUUGGAAUUAUUUUAGCAGCGAGCUGGGCAAAAUACGCAAAUCUCUCGGUCCGAAUAACGCCGAUCUCGAGGAGUCCAUACAGCAGGUGCUGCUGCAGGGUGCCGAGCACAAGCGUUCGCUUCUGAGCGACAUGGAGCAUCUUCGUCGCGUCGAUGGCUACGAAGCGUGGCGUCACAAGGAAGCGAGUGAAUUGAGCGAUUUGGUGCAGCGACGUCUGCAUCAUUUGCAGAAUCCCAGCGAUUGUGCCAAUGCACGAAAGCUGGUCUGCAAGCUCAAUAAGGGUUGCGGCUACGGUUGUCAACUGCAUCAUGUGGUCUACUGCUUCAUUGUGGCCUACGCCACGGAGCGUACGCUCAUCCUUAAGUCGCGCGGUUGGCGCUAUCACAAAGGUGGCUGGGAGGAGGUUUUCAAGCCCGUCUCCGACAGCUGUCACGAUGCUGGCACCGCCAAUGCGUACAAUUGGCCGGGGAAGCCCAACACUCAGGUGCUGGUGUUGCCCAUCAUUGAUUCGCUGAUGCCGCGUCCGCCGUAUUUGCCGCUGGCAGUGCCCGAGGAUCUGGCGCCGCGAUUGAAGCGUCUGCAUGGCGAUCCCAUUGUCUGGUGGGUGGGACAGUUUCUCAAAUACUUGCUGCGACCGCAGACGAGCACACGCGACUUCCUCAACUCGGGGAUGCGCAAUCUGGGCUGGCAGCGUCCCAUAGUCGGCGUACAUGUCCGACGCACAGACAAAGUGGGCACCGAGGCUGCCUUCCACAGCAUUGAGGAGUACAUGACCCAUGUGGAGGAUUAUUAUCGCACGCUGGAGAUCAAUGGGACGAGCGUGGUGCGUCGCAUCUUCCUCGCCUCGGACGAUGCGCGUGUCAUCGAGGAGGCGCGUAAAAAGUAUCCGCAAUAUCGGAUCGUCGGUGAUCCGGAGGUGGCACGCAUGGCCGCCGUUUCCACACGCUACACCGACACCGCUCUCAAUGGCAUCAUCCUGGACAUUCAUCUGCUCUCGAUGUCCGAUUACCUGGUGUGCACAUUCUCCUCGCAGGUGUGUCGCGUCGCCUAUGAGAUCAUGCAAACGAUGUAUCCGAAUGCCGCGGAUCGUUUCAAGUCCCUGGAUGACAUCUACUAUUAUGGCGGACAGAAUCCGCAUAAUCGACGAGCGGUAAUUGCUCACAAGCCGCGAUCCCAUGAGGAUCUGCAGCUGAAGGUGGGCGAUCUGGUUUCGGUUGCGGGCAAUCAUUGGGAUGGCAAUUCCAAGGGCAAGAAUACGCGAACCAAUCAGGGUGGAUUGUUCCCCUCCUUUAAGGUCAUCGACAAGGUCGAGACGGCCAAGUUGCCCGUUUACAACGGUGUCUAAACGUCCAACAACAAAUAACAAACAGCAAAGCAACAACACAACUCCUAAUGAAUCUCGCACUAUUUCUCAUUCCACGUAACGCGUAACGUGACGUAACGUAACGUGACACUUUUGAUGAUAUUAAUCGAGAAUUCUCUUUUUCUUCAAAUUCGCAACGCAUUCGAAUCUCAUUCUUAAGCAAAACAAGUAACACAAAAACAAAACAAAAC